GUGAAACGGGGGUUUUCACCCAAUCCCCUCUCAUCCCCAAACCUCCAGGGGAUGGACAUACUCUAGGAGUAAACAAGGCCUUAAGGAGCCCCCAACCAGUCACACGGUCACGGCCAUGGCUUCCUUCUUCUCCAAACACUCCAUAGUUUUCCUCCUUCUCGUAGCCAUCUUCCUCGAUGUCUCCUCCGCCACGUCCCGCCUUGCCACAGAGGAAGCCGACCCCAUGACCCUGCGGUUGAUGGAGGGGAGGUUUCAGCGCUGGAAGGCGGAGCACGGCCGGACGUACGCCACGCCGGAGGAAGAGCGCUACCGGCUGCGCGUGUACGCAAGCAACAUCCGCUACAUCGAGGCCACCAACCAGGACGCCGGCGCCGGGCUCACCUACGAGCUCGGCGAGACCGCCUACACCGACCUCACCAGCGACGAGUUCAUGGCCAUGUACACCUCCUCGCCGUCGUCCCCGCUCUCGGACAUCGACGACCAGGCAAUCAUCACCACCCGUGCUGGGCCGGUCGACGGCAUCGGUGGUGGCCGGUUGCAGGUGUACCUGAACGAGUCGGACGGCGCGCCGGCGAGCGUGGACUGGCGAGCGAGCGGCGCCGUCACGGAGGUGAAGAACCAGGGCCAGUGCGGAUCGUGUUGGGCAUUCUCGACCGUAGCAGUGGUGGAAGGGAUCCACCAGAUCAAGACAGGGAAGCUUGUGUCUCUAUCAGAGCAAGAGCUGGUGGACUGCGAUACACUAGACGACGGGUGCGACGGUGGUGUGAGUUACCACGCGUUGCAAUGGAUCACCACCAAUGGUGGAAUCACAGCCGAGGACGAUUACCCUUAUACGGCUAAGGACGACAUAUGCAACACCACCAAGUUGUCGCACCAUGCUGCCUCCAUCUCAGGCUUCCAGCGUGUGGCGACCCAGAGCGAGGCAUCGUUGACGAAUGCGGUGGCCAUGCAACCCGUGGCGGUGUCCAUCGAGGCCGGUGGCGCCAACUUCCAGCACUACUCAAACGGUGUGUACAAUGGGCCGUGCGGGACACAACUGAACCACGGCGUCACGGUGGUCGGGUAUGGGCAGGAUGAGGAGAGUGGAGACAGAUAUUGGAUCGUCAAGAACUCGUGGGGGGAGAAGUGGGGCGACAGAGGAUACCUCAGAAUGAAGAAGGAUAUCACCGACAAGCCGGAGGGGAUCUGCGGCAUGGCCAUCCGCCCGUCAUUUCCACUCAUAUGAAACUUGGUCAUUCAAUGAUGCAAGGCGGCCAGUGGGAUUGGUUUAAUAUUGUUUCAUGCUAGGUCAAAACGUAGUUAACUUUCCUUACGUGUGCAACACUUACAUGGGAGGUAAUAUAUACGUGUACAACUCUUUCUCUCUGGCCUGUAAAAAUGGAUAUACAUGUAAACAUUUCCAAAUAGUAUUUCUGAAUUUGCUUUUCUA